AUGUCUAGGGUCCCCCCUGCAAGCCGCCUGGUCUUCUUAUCGGACUUGAAUCACAUCGAAGCGGGGGAGAAAGUUCGCUUCUUGGGAUGUGUUGAGGACUACAUCGUCCCCUCCGGAACGCUUGUUCUGAAGCACAACUAUCCACCUACUUCAUCUCCGAUCAUGGCGCAUGUCAACAUCAACCAUGUCCUGGAGUCCAUCAAAAGCACGGAGAUGCAAACCGGCGCCUGGCUCAAUGUCAUCGGUUAUGUCGAGAAGUCUGCUGUGGACAGGCCAACCCGCAAACUUAGCCGAAAGCAACGUGCCAGCCAGCAAAAUAAAGUUCAUGUCCAAGCGGUCAUGCUUUGGUCGGCUGGCGCCGUUAAGGUUGAUGCCUAUGAGCGUGCAGUAGAACAGCGGGAGCUGGCUGCUGGAUCCGCUGCUGUUGAGAAUGUGUAA